AUGUCAGAAGUCAGCACAGAAACAAACGAUACCAAGAAGGAGGAAACUCCAGUUACUGAAGAAGCUCCUAAAAGCCCAACCAAAGUGGCUGAUCCAACUAGUGCAGAAUCAACAACAUCAACAACAGAUCUAGGUAAAAAAGAAGAAAUAAUCUCAGACUUGGAAGCAACAGCAAUGACUGAUGAGUUUGAAUACUUGAUUAAUGGAGCCACCAAUCCAGCAGGUUCUUCUAAUGGUAGAGUUUCAUUCUUGUCUUCAGAAGAAGAAGAGGAAGAAGCUGCAAUGCAAGCACCUAUUGUCUAUCAAUCAAUGCAACCAUCUAGUUCCACAAUGGAUGAAGAAGACCUCUAUCUUGUCAAGACCACCCUCAAGUCAGACUAUGAUGAGGAAUCUUUGAAAUUCGAACAUGAAUACUUCCCUAAGGAUAUUAUUCACAACUUUGCAAUUACCUUGUGGAGAAUGCCAAUCAAGACUAUCAAACAUAUUGCUAGUAAGAAUAAUGUUACCAUUUCCGAUCCAAAAUUAAAGAAGGGAAAGAGACUCACAGAAGACCACAAGAAGGAAUUCUUGAUUUUUGAAAUUGGAAAGAAGGUUGUUAGUGUUGGUGUCAAACAUUUCCUCACUGAAUUGGAUAGAGAAGAUAUGAGAUUUGCUCUCAAGGAUUUAAUAAGCAACGAGACUGCUAUGGAUAUUGUUGAAAAUGCAAAGCAACAAAAGGACAUUGAUGAAGAACAUUUAUUGAGUGCUAAAAACAUCCAUCUCUUUAAGAAAUCUGAUUUGAGAUUUAACUUUAAAUUGAUUUUCGAAAAGAUGGGUGCUGAAGAAUUGUUAGAUGCUCUCACUGAUGCCACACUCAUUCUCUUCUUGCAAGCUUUGGAAAUUAAUGAAGUUGACACUACUCACUCUAACUUGGUUGAUGCCAUCUUGGAAGAAGUCUUCUUGUAUGGUGCAAAGGAAGUUUUGGCCAAGUGUAAAAAGUCAAUUCUCAGAGAAGCUGCUGAAGCUGCUCAAUAUGAACAAAAGAAACAAGUCUUUGAUGCAUCACCAACUAAGGAAAUGCUUUCUGAAGUUAUUCUCGUUGAUGAAUUCCCUCAUGUUGCUGAGGAUUUAAUGUCAAGACUCAAGAAGAAGAAGCCACACUUGUUCGAUGAUUCUAGCAAUAUUAAACCAAAGAAGAGAUCAUACACUGAAGCUGCUGCUAGUGUUGUUGCCUCUUCCUUGACUGAAGAUGAUGAAUUUGAUGAUCAUUCUGAUAUUGAUGGAGUCAAUUCUCCAAACUCUAAGAACCACAAGAAACGUGGAAGAAAACGCGUCAUUAAUACUGAAGGAGAAAGACCACAAAUUGAUCGUGGCAUUACUUAUAAUGAUCUCAAGGACAAGUAUUUGGUACAAGAAUUAAUCUCCUUUGCUCAAUCUAAGGGAAUCAAAUACGUGGGUGUAAAGAAGACAGACCUCUGUAACAGUAUCAUUAAGUAUUUGAAUGGUGAAUUGGUUCCUUCCUUGAAGAAGAGGGGAAGAGGUCGUCCACCAAAGAAGAGAAAGGAAAAUCCAGAAGAUGGUGAUGAUCACGAUGAUGAUGACACUAUGGAAGAAGGUCACGAAGUUGCUGAUUCUAUGGAAGGUGAAGAGUAAAAUAUUUUGUAUUGUAAAUAGUAAUAAAACCAAUUGACUUAUG